AUGCUUAAUGCAUAUAUUGAUUUAAUCGAGAGGGCUCAUGAAUAUGAUGUUGCAUUGUCUCGAGCACGAGCAAAAGUAAGAAAUGCUCGAGCAAGAAUAAGAAAUAGAGCAUAUAACAUGAGCGAUAGGCAAUUUAUAAAAAGGUACCGCCUGUAGAAAAAUCUUUUUCACAAUUUAGUUUCUGAAAUAACACCAUAUAUGCCACGAACUCUACGAUCGGAUGCUUUAGAUAUUGAAACUAAGAUAUGUGAUUCCAACCUUAAUAUUAUAAGUGUAGAUGCAAGUUAUCCUGGUGCUACACAUGAUAGUGUUGUUUGGGCUAAUCACCCACUAAGGGCUUAUAUAGAAAGACUUCACACCAUAUCUGGAGAGGAUUUAUAUCUCUUGGGAGACAGUGGUUAUCCAUUAAGAACUACUAUGAUGGUACCACUAUCAAACCCUCAACCAAAUUCUCCUGAGGAACACUAUCAAAAACUACAUUUAAGUGCGAGAAACACUGUUGAGCGUUGUAUAGGAGUUCUAAAAGCCCGUUUCAGGUGCCUUUUGGUUGAUAGGAAGCAACAUUAUUCUCCAGGUGCUGCAGCAAGAAUUGCAAAUGCAUGCUGUGUUUUACACAAUAUAGCACAUGGAGAAAAUAUAUCGUUCUCUCCCCUUACUGCCGAAGAAGCAAUUUGUGAGCGCAGACUGACUCAGCAUGCAAGUGUGAGAGAAUCUCAUAUAAGAAAUGCUUAUUCUGUGACAGACCUAGAAUUAGGCCGUGCGCGCCGAGAGGCUCUCAUAAACCGCUUGUGGUUAGACAGGGCUGUCAAUUAAGAAAAACAAAAAUAUUUUUAAUAUGUUUUAUUAAAGAUUAAAACAAAAUAAAAUCAUCUUUUAAUAAACCCAUAUUAAUUUACUCCUGGCAAAAUUUGCGGCUCAUCCUGUCAAUGCUCUCAGCAAUUAAUUUGAAUGAAUCACCCAAACACUUCAG